UGGUGAUUUCAGAUGCAGAUUUAUGCUGUGCUAAGAGGUAAGGUGCUUCCUCGCCGAUGGUAACUGGUUAUUCAUCACACUGGGUCGUUGACAGACGGUCUUCAUUGACUGCGACAGCACGGAUUGCCAGUGGCUGUGACUCGAAUGAACGGUGAAACAGUAACCAAACAACGACAACAACAAAAAACAUAUUAAAGGGAGUUCUUUGAUUAUACUUCCUUUUAGCCAGAAUGGACUCACGCACCCGAGUGAGAGGCCUGUAUUGUAAUAUGAAGCAUCUGAGGCAUAAGACUGUUGCUGGACUCUGGAUUUAUAGCACAGUCUUUUCAACACAUGUGUGUCCAUGCAUUUCUCCAAUCGCACAGGACAAAGACAAAACUUCCUCUGAUUUGGCCGAGGAGUUAGUGGAAUUAGAUUCACUUCAGAGGAACAGAAGCGUUUCCAUUCAAUAAGUUUCUCAAUCCACAAAAAGCUCGCCAAAUUGUGGAGAAACUUAAAGGAAAGCUGGAAGAAUCGGUCCCGAGAGCGGCCCUGCCGAUCAGACUCUCCGUGCAGUUGCAGCGAGCGAAGCUUUAACGCUUUAUUUAUAGGCUGACUUUUCUUUUCAAUGAAUCAGUCGCCUUUACCCCCACCCCCCCAAAAAAAUAAAAUAAACAAAUCUGCCGCUUCGCCCAUUUUGUUUGCGUUUGGAGACUGUGGUUUUAUUUUCCUUUCCAUUCCCUUGUUUACUCAGGCAGUGGCGGUAUCGUUCCGCUAGUCUGUGGAGGGAAGCGCCUCCUCGCUUGCUCUCUCUCUCACACACACACACACACACAAUGUGAUGUGAGGAGAGGAGAGGAGAGGAGAGCGGGCUCGGUGCUUGGAGGCUGCAGACAGCGGCGGCGGCAGCGGCAGUAGCCCGGAGAGAGCAGACACUGUGCCGAGUGCCGCCAGCCCUGCACAUCCCACCUCUGGAUGGCCGUGGACGGCAUCGCCUGCCCGAUCCCCGCAGCUACCCGGCGCUUCUCGCCAAGUUUCGGCGGCGUCUGUUCUUCUUGAAGACUUUUGUGCGUGUGUGUGUGUGUGUUGUUGUGUCUUUCUUUCUCUCUCUCCCACCCCCUCCCCUCUCUCUCGCUCUCUCUCCCUUCACGUUUUCCCCCCCUUCUCGAGUAGUUUUUUUUCAUUCCUCCUUCACUCUCUCUCUCUCUCCGUUGUGCGGUCGAAGAGGGAGAUCCGGACAAUCUGUGUCUGUCUGUCUGCUUGUGGGAGAGAAAGUAUCCGUGGGAGCGAGCAUUGAAGGGGCCGGUCUCGCCAUUUGCGAGCGACUGGAGGAAUAUUACCGUAACACAGUGGAAAAUGGGUUUCGGUCGUCUUGAAGGAAGUACAUUGAAGGGUCCGAAACGUGUUUGUUGAGAUUUUGAUUGGAUUCAAACAACAACCAAUACUUUUUUAUUGUACGAACCUUGCGAUUUAUUUCUCCGAGGUUUUAACACAACAACAAACAAAGCAUAAGAAAGGCAAGAAACUUGGCAACACAGUGUGUCCGGAGGUUAGGAUGGGGGAUUACAACAUGCCCCCAAACCCGAAGCACAGCGCGAUCGUGGAGAGGUUGAGGCAGAGGAUCGAGCUGUGUCGCCGGCACCAUGCAGUCUGCCAGGUUCGCUACGAGCAGACCCAGCCGCAGCGCAUCGAGCAGGAGCGAAGGAACAAACUCGCUCUGCACCAGAAGUACCUGGACACACGCAGCAAGAAGACCCCGAAAGCUAAGCAGCAUCAGCAGCAGCAGCAGCAACACGACAGCAGCCGGGCCCCCAAAAACUGUGAUAGCGACCAGCCCGCAGGACCUAACGCAUCCAGCGAGCACAGGAACCUCACUCUGAUCGCUUUACAGGGCUCCAUAAAGAGAAAGCUGGAAGGAAAUGCUUCGCCCGUCGGUAACGACAGACCAAAUGGCAUUUCUGAUGGGACUUUCCAAAUGGAUAUUAAGAGAGUAAGAGUGGAUGAAGGUGGUCUUGCAAUUGGCCAAAGUGGGCACCAGCUCAGUAACGGACAAAGCCAAACCCUGCAGGGUUCCGUCACAAUGGGACCUGGAACUCCAGGAAAAGAUGGGAGCUUGAUUGGGACCGCCCAAGCCAAUGGUGGUGAUGCCAGUUCUGGUUUCAGCUUGCCACUCAAUAAGGAGAUGAAACAGGAGCCGACAGAGAGUGUUUCAUGCAGUGAGCAUUUAAAUAACCAAAUCUCUAACAACAAUAUACUGUUUGAUUCCAAAGAUGAUCUAGGAAUGCAGCUGCUUGAUCCGGAUUUGCAAGAUUUAUUUGAUGAAUUGACAAACAUGUCAGGCGUUCCUCCAUUGAGUGAUAUAGAACUGGAGACUAUGUUAAAUCCCAGCAUUCGAAAUGAAGAACCAUUCAACAUAGACAUUGGUCAGCAAAACCAGAGCUGUACACCAAAGCCGCAUUCACAAUUGGAGAAUCCAACCAUAAAAACUGAAUACUCGCCUGGUUUUCCCCAGGCAUCGGUAGGGUCACCCCAAAUGCGGCCUCCUUCCACAGGACCCCCCUAUUCCAUGGCAAACACAGCCAUGUCUGUUCCUUCACCCAUCUCCUCUGCAGCUCAAUCUCAAAACCAACCCCAGCAAUCCUUACCAUCUGCACCAAACAGAGGCCUGUCCAAUUGGCACGACCUGUCUCAUGCACAGCAGCUGAAGAAGAUUGCAGAUAAUCGGCAGCAGCACGCCAUGCUGCAGCACCAACAGCAAAAUCAGGCAGCUAGCUGGCCACCUGCUCCACAGUCGGGCCCUUCAUCGGGAACGUUUGGCCAGGAGAAAAUACCCAGUCCCUCCCUCCACCAGCAGCCCUUUAGCUCCCCAAAUUCACUGCUCUCUGGGGUAUCCACCAACAACAGCCAGUCAAAAAACAUGAAUAACUGCCUCUACAAGACUCCAACUGCAGCACAAACCGGCCACCUGGACAUGAUAAUUCACCAGCAGCAACAACAGGCACACAAUAUAAGUCGCAGCUUGAUGAACGCCAAUUCUGCAUCCCCAGACCAAUUGUCAUACAGUAACACCAAGCCCUUGUCUCAUUUUGAUCCAGAGCCAGGUCAGAUCUCUUCAAUCCUGGGUGCUCAGACCAAGCCUCCAGUCUUGCAUUAUACUCAGCCGCAGCAGCCUACUGCAGCAGUACAGCAGCAGCCUGCUCCACCAUCAGGUCACCUCCAAAGUCAAACAAUCCAACGAGCGCAGAUACCAAUUGCAUUGCAACAGAAGAUGCUUCUGCAGAAGAUGCAACAAAGCCAACAGCCUUCACCAAUGCAGUAUCCUGUGUCUCAACAUCGGCAGGAUCAGAAUUCUGUGGUGGGCCCACGCCAAGGCCCGAGCCAAACUCCGAAUACCUGCCCAAACCCAAAUGCUGGCAACAGCUACAUUAAUAAUGCUCACCAGGCUGUGCUAAAGCAGCAACUGAUGGAGAAGAAGCAGGCCAUGCAGAGGCAGAUGAUGGAGCAUCAGAAACUGCUCUUUCGACAACAAAUCCUGCAAGACACGGAGAAAAUGAACACGCAAGAACAACUUAACAGGCACUUGACAAGGCCGCCUCCAGAUUACAAAGAGCAGAGACGAAGUCUAGUUGUAAUUCCACAGCCAAGUCAAUAUCCAGGUGCUGCAUCAGCUAUGGGAUUGAAUACGUCUCAGCCAUUACCAAAUGCUGCUCCAAAUCACCGUGUGAUUCCCCCAAACUCUGGCCUUAUACAAGUGAAUUCACCGAGCAACCAAGGACCAAGGAUGCCUCCUAUAUCUGGAACUCAAAGUGAUAGAACCAUAGGAAUGUAUGGGAAUGUGCCAGCUUCUCAGCAGGCAGCAUAUACCGUCUCAUCCAGUGUUAAUCAACUGCAACAUCACACAAGCCAAAGUCAAAUGGGAAUGACCCAGAACAGCGUAAUGAUACCAAGGCAGCCAACGCUAGGCCAAGGCACCACCAUGUCAGGGUUUGGCGCUGCAUCUCUUGGGAGUUCUGCCAUUUCUCAGCAGCAAAUGAGACCAGUUUUGAACCAUAUAAACACCAGUCUGUCUGCACAGACGCAAAGACUAACAAAUAUGAUGACCAAUUCCAGUUUGGCGCCGCAGAAUUGGACACCCCAGGGGGUGCAGGUGACUCCAAAGCAGGCACAAAUGGGUACUAACGUAAGAUUCUCCAAUAACCCUCCUUUCCCAAAUCAGUCUGUGCAAGCUAAUAUGUCCAGUCAACACUUUGCUCAGCGUGGUCUGGCACCAACCAACCAGAUAGCUCCAGGAGUUCAGAUGCGACCUUUGGCACAAAUGAACCAAGCCAUGAGUGGACAGACAAUAGGCUCAAUGAGUGGGUCGGCUCCAAGAGCUAAUCAGCCAAGACCUCAACCACAACCUAUGGCUGCAAUGAGCCAGUCAGCAGCAAGCAUGGCUGUAAUAAGCCAGGCACCUUCAGUGCAAACAAUGCCUUCAGCCAAUUUUCCUUCUACCAACCUGCCCCCUCGAAAUUACCAGGGAACAAAUCAUAACAGUGACUUGGCAUUUGACUUUCUCAGCCAACAAGGAGACAGUGCACAGUCGGGACUCAGCAGUGACUCUGAUUUCCUUGACUCAUUGAUAAAAAGUAGCACCGAUGACUGGAUGAAGGACUUAAACCUCGAUGAAAUUUUGGGGCAGCAUUCGUGAAAAAGCCAGAGGAUUGUAAAUGUUAUCCAUCUGUCGGAGAAGUACCGAUGGACAAGGAGCCUCACAAUAAAUCGCAGGUGUGCACUAUUGUGCCCGAUUAGAUAUAGGUUACCCAAUGGAUAAAACCUACCAUUAUAUCCUCUCCACCACAUGUACAUUAUGGACUCAAAAUGCAUAGAUUUUAUCUAGUGCUUAGUAAAAAGAAGUUUUGUAUAAUAUGUUUUUUACUGAAAAUCAUAUUCUCUGUAAGAAGAUUAUAUUUAUACUUUUUUUUCUGAAAAAGUUCUGUGAAUCAUUGUAGUGCAACCUUUUUACUUACUAAAAUUAAAUUGUACAUGUUUGUAUUCUGUCAUAGUUUUAAAUUGACUUACAUGUUAGAUCAGCAGUCUACUUAUUACCAGUUUCAAAUACAUACAGUAGUUUGCUUUUAAAGUGUUUUACAGUAUAAUUAUUGUUUUAUAAAUUACCUGUUCUACUUUCAUUGAUUUUGUUACAGUCCCAACAAAAUACUUUAUCUUCCCUUGCAUUACAUUUACCCAACGUGACCUUCUGUGGCUAGCCUUCUAAAACUAUUCAUUUUAUAGAUAAACAGCAAUAUCAUUCAGCCACUUCAGCGUCUUUUUAAGUACACCCAUGAAUUCAGUGUUACUGUGUGUUUCCACUUUAUCAUGACGAAGGAAUGUGUAUUGUCAACUCAGUAUUUAUCGGCCAGAACUAUGUUAAAGUGUUCACAGACUUGGAGCGUAACAUUUACCAAUGUAACAGUAAGCUUGUAAACCUCUGUGAACAAAUCUAGAGAGAAUGCCUGAUACACAUUGUUUGUGCAUCCUCAGUUUUUAGUGUGGCUUCGCAAUGGGGAAACCCAUCUGGGAAACGGGCGUUCCUCAAGAACCAACUACUAUUGCUCAUUUGUAGACUGCUUCCCAAGUUCAAAGCUCAUUGCGGAAGGAAGGCACAUUGAAAAACCACUGUAGGAAAAUGGUUAUCCGUUGCUCAUAUAGUUUUGCGGAUCUACGCCUUAUUUUUCAACAUUAAAGGAUUAACUCCUGAUAAAAUAUCGAUAAUGGUACUGGUGCACAUUCAUCCGAUACAAAUACAUUUCAAAUCAACUUGGUUAUUUUCAGGGACAUUAAAAUUAUUUGGUAAGAGAACCUUCUAUUUACAACUAAUAACUUAGCAUUCAGAAAUAAUUACAUAUGCAAGGAAAAGCAAUGCAACCACACCAGAUUACAAUAUCCUUCAUUUAAAGAAGUCUAGUGACCUGAUCAUUUAUUGCAGAAGUCAACCAGAAAUUAAAUUAGGUUUGGCAACAUUAACAAAGCAUUGAUCAUUUUUUGUGCCCAAAGGAUGCAGAAACAUGCAGAAUUCAAUCAUUUUGACAUCUGGGCUACAUUAUUAUAUCUCACAAGGUUUAUCUCAUUCAAGACAUUGGCGCUGUACAGGGGCAAAUUGAACAGGUACAGCAUGGAAUCCCAUGACAUUCUCUGCUAGAAUCAAACAAUGAUGGUAAUACGUUUCAGGAUUGUUGCACGUGUUAAGAAACUGCUUGUCCAAUCUAUGUAUGUUUAAUAUUUUUGAUAGCGUUAUACAAGGAUCAGAAACAAUGCAUUGUCAUUUUCUUUCUGUAUUUUACAGUACCAGGAUUUGGAGUGAAUAGCAUUUUUUUUUAAAACAUACACUCUGUGCAUCUCAAGAUAAACUAGUUGAGGACUGAGCACUUCAUUUUGGGAGCAGUAUAAAAAUAAAUAGUAUCAUCUAAUCA